AACACUGGUCCUCGAUCAACAGCUGGGUGGUGGAACUCCUCCCCGGCUGAAAGUGGCUUCAAUGACAUCGGGUAUCGGAAUGGCCGUAUAAUCUCUGCAAAUCAACAAGACGUCACCUUUUAUUUUUGUACUGUAACAAGGCCUAUCAUGGAUUUCAACGUUAAAAGACUCGCAGCAGAUGCCGGAACCUUUUUAAGUCGUGCCGUACAAUUUACAGAGGAGAAACUUGGCCAGGCGGAGAAAACAGAGUUGGAUGCACAUUUGGAGAACCUUUUGGGGCGAGCUGAGUGUACCAGACAAUGGACGGAGAGAAUCUUGAAGCAGACAGAGGUUUUACUACAGCCAAACCCAAAUGUCCGGCUGGAGGAAUUUCUGUACGAGAAGCUGGAAAAGAAAGCCCCCACGCGGAUGAACAACCACGAGCUACUGGGCCAGUCCAUGAUGGAGUCUGGGAAUGAGUUUAGCCCCGGGACUGCCUACGGAAACGCUCUGAUCAAGUGUGGAGAGACGGAGAAGCAGAUUGGCGGCGCUGAGCGCGAGUUCAUCCAGAGCUCGGCCAUCAACUUCCUGACCCCGUUCAGGAACUUCCUGGAGGGGGACUUCAAGACUAUCCUGAAAGAACGAAAGCUGCUUCAGGUCAAACGUUUGGACCUAGACGCGGCCAAAACAAAGCUGAAGAAAGCCAGGAUGACCGACGCUAGAGCUCUGGCGGAGCAGGAGCUGCGCAUGACGCAGAGCGAGUUCGACCGGCAGGCAGAGAUCACCCGCCUGCUCUUGGAAGGUGUCAGUAGCACCCACGCCCACCACCUGCGCUGUCUGAACGACUUUGUGGAGGCCCAGUCGACGUACUACGCACAGUGUUACCAGUACAUGACGGACCUCCAAAAGCAGCUGGGCAGUUUCCCCUCCUCGUUCUCCAACAACAACCAGUCGCUGAUGUCCGGCGCCGCCAGCAUCUCGGUGCCCACCCUCCCGGUGUCGGGCCCCCUCCCCAGCCCGUCGUCGGGCCGCGCCGGCUCGGCGCUGGCCGGGGGCUUCAAUGAGCUGCGGAUCAGCAGCGGCAGCCGCAAGGCCCGGGUCCUGUACGACUACGACGCGGCGGGCAGCAGCGAGCUCUCCCUGCUGGCCGACGAGGUCAUCACCGUGAGCAGUGUCCCCGGCAUGGACUCGGACUGGCUGAUGGGCGAGCGGGGCAACCAGCAAGGCAAAGUACCCAUCACCUACCUGGAGCUGCUCAACUGAGCUUCUCUGGGACUCACUCGGCCAUGGACGGACGGGAGAGUCGCAACGCAAGCACAUUCUAACCCACCUCUCAUGUAUCUAUGCAUAGAUAUAUUUAGAUAUACAGAUAUCUAUAUAUGGAUAUGUGUGUUGCAGGGAUGGGGGGUCACACUGUCGCGUCCUUUCACUCAACAAUUCAAUGGCCGGCCCCGCAACAUCCUGUUUUUUGGCAAGUUAUCACGAAAACACAAACCUUGUAUUGGCAACAGGCCUCCCGGCUUUCCCCUCUUUAUCAAUAGAUGGCCGUAUUACAACGAGUGAUGGGUUGGGUGAAGGGGGAGAAGUAAUGGGCCCCGUUCUGUUUUAUGCUGCAACAGAUUGUUUCUGGAUCCUGCCUUUACACAUGGUGCAUCCUGGUUUGAAUAUGUGCCAUUCCUGAUACGUGCCUGAAUGUUUCCUGAAUGCUAAUUUUUUUUUAAACUUUUCUUCAUGGUUUACAUGCUACAACUCAGCUGGUGACCAAAAAAAUAUAUAUUUCUUUUUACGGCUAAUGGUAACAUUUUUGCAUAUUUUAUUCAAUAUCGAUCUCAAAGUGCCCCUUCUGCCAGUAGCAUUAAGAGCUCAAUCUUUCAUGUGCCAACAUUUUAUAUAUAACGCUUCUUUGCUGAACAGCUAAAUGCCUGACUUUAAUUUCAUCAAAGUCUUAAAAAAUGCUUAUUUUUUGUUCUGUAAAGAGUUUGCAAAUGUAUUAUAAGUAUCAGCCAAUACUUUUUAUGAAUUAAUUUAAAAUUGAUAACUUGCAAUUUCAGCAAUUUUGUUUCCCUUUAUUGCGAAAGUGCCUCAAGUAGAUCACAUGUUAUCUUUCAUUAAGUUCUGCUUUCGGUGUAACUGAUGAUUAUUCAGUCAAUUGCAUUGUCUUGACAAAACUCAAUGUCUUCAAGGAGUGGAGGUGCCUUUUUUUUUUUUUACUAACAAUGUUAUUAAAAAAGUAUUACUGGGAGACGAAGAAUUAAUAUUAUUUAGCAUUUUGUAUGUUUGUGUAAUUUAAAUUAUAGAAUGCAACUGUUCAAAUCCAUAUUAAGACAUGUGGUGCAUUAAAGUGUGAAUACCAGUAUACAUCUACCUUGGUUUGACCAUGGUUUUUCAGCGGGUAGUUUUAGGAAGAGGCACAGCAUGGCCACUAGAGGACACAGUAUGAAAAUAGCCAGAAAGAUAAGACUCCACCUAUAGACCUUAGUGGUAAACACAAACUAGUCCAAUAUAUGCAGUAUGUGACAAAUAAAGAUUUGAAAUUA